UGACAGAAGGCAAAACUUUCCUGAAAGCUUAAUUGUCUAAAAUCCGCUGCAGUUCUGCCAAACCAGGGAUUUCGUCUCUCGACUUAGCAGUUUAGGAAAAUAAAGAUGAGGUGUUAUGGCUAUAACAGGCCGCAUGUGAGUUGCCGGAUCUUGCUAAACACCUGGGGUAAGACGACUCACGUGAAAAGAACGAAAAUAACAUAUGCAUUGGAAAUAGGCAUCAUCCGCUGAAAAUUGGCUUAAGCCAAUGGCACAAUAUGGACUCGAAUGUUUGUCGUAGUUAGUACCAAAUAACACCGGUCUUCCUUUCAAUCAAGAAUAUGGCUGGAAGGAUUUUUCUGAGGCAACUAAUGUUAUUUAACACCCUGAAUUUUCUCACUCGUUUCGGUACUGCUGUAGAAAAGCUGGAUGUCAACAUUGCGGUGUUCUUUGACAUGGAUGACAUCUUCCAGGAAUAUGUCUUCAAGUCGGCCGAACAAAUGUUCCGAUCAAGAAAAGUUGUAACUGGUAAUGUGACUCCUAAUGAGUUCUUGUUGGAGAUGCAUUUUUCAAGGCCUAAUUUAACCGAUGUCUUUCCCCUCGAAUAUGGUUUGAGUGGUUUGUUUCCCAAGAUUUCAAACAUCACUUCUGACUCCCAAGGCGUAAUCUUCGUCAAUGUAACAAAAGAUGGACUACUUUAUUCCUCGCUUUUGGAGAGUUCCGUGUUUCCAUCAAUUGGGCUACUACAGAGCAGAAGGGCAUUUCCCAUCACACAGGAAAGUUCUGGCGGAUUCACAAGAGUUGCAGCGCCAUCAAUAAUGGAAUAUGCACAAGUAAUGGUGAAAAUUACGGAGAAAAUGGGCUGGAGGACCCUCAGUUUGGUGACAUCAGCCACGUAUGAGGGGCAUGUAUUUGCUGACGCUCUCAAACGCUUAGCUCAGGAAAAGAAAUGGCGUGUAUUAACCUCAUUAUGGAUUCAAGGAGACGAAAGUCUUCAAGAAAUAACAACGGGACUUCUGCGCGUUAUGUCGGCCAAAUCGGAUGUAAUUAUCGGGCACGUUCGUGAAAAGAGCAACGACAAUAUGUUUUGGACGAUUCAAAAGUUGCAAGCCAUUGAGAAUAGUAGCGUAUGGCUCGUUACUAGGCCUACCACGUACGGUGUACAGAACAUAAGUUCGAUUCCAACUGGACUGAUUCAGAUCAGCUGCAAAUUACCUGAGGUUGGACAUGACUAUGAGUUGUACGUGAAAGCAUUGUACGAUUCUUUUGUCAUGUUCGAAAGUGCUUUUAAAAUUUCAGUGAGGACAAUAAACAAUGAGCGAAAACAGGUCCUGAACACUUCAGAGAAAUACAAAUUUCUGCGGAGAACGGCUCUGAUCCGUUUAAAGGAUACUUACAUAAGAGGUAGCAGCAAGCUUUUCAGAGCUCACGAUUUAUCAGAACGACACCAUUCAGCCUUUGACAUCUGGAAUUUAAGGGAGGAUCUCGAUAGCAGGAAACAUUGGCAACAUGUAGGACUUGGUACAACAACUGGACUCGCAUUAGAGCCCAUUGCAAACCACAAUGAUAACACCCUCUUUCCACUACUACAUCCUAAGCACCCCGUCCUGCGGGUGCCUGUCGUCGAGUGGCCUCCUCUCGUGGUCUCAAAAGAUCCAGCGUUGACGAUGAGCCGCAAAUCAUGCGUUGGAAGAACUUUACCUUGCUAUAAGUACUUAAGUGUCCAAAAUUCUACGCAGACGACUAAGCAACUUCUUUGCUGCUAUGGAGCGUCUAUAGACUUUUUGAAGUUUCUAAGAAGAGACCUCGGGUUUGAUACGGAAAUUUAUUUCAAUCCAGAUGGGCGAUACGGGAAGUUCGAACCCGUGAACAGCACCUGGAAUGGAAUUAUAAAUGAAAUUAUCUCUGGCAAAGCGGAUCUAGCUCUCGAUGUGGCCGGAAACUUUGAAAGAUCAAGGGUAGUGGAAUUUGCAUACCCUAGCAUUGCAUCAGCAAUGAACAUUUUGGUCAGGAAAGAUCGCUCCUACAAGGAACAAGUAAGCAUCUGGUACUCUUGGCUGGAACCGUUCCGAUAUGAGCUUUGGAUCGCUAUCCUGGUGACAUGUAACGUGAUCCUGUUUGUAGUUUGGUGGCUUGACAGGAAGAGUCCAAAAGGAUAUUAUGUCCUCCUCAAGGACAGUGACGAAGAUGCUUUUACACUUUUAGACGCCAUGAGUUAUGUUUGGGGCGUGGCAUUUAGUAAGGACAUUGGUGCGGAAAAGACUCCACGCAGCAACAGCGCUCGUACCGUUUCCGCGGUUUAUGCGUUACUGGCCUUGAUCAUGGUGAAUACCUACUGUGCAAACCUCAUGGCCUUCUUACUUGAUGAUCCAUACAAACUGCCCAUCAGUGGUGUAAAAGAUGCCAAGCUCACCGAGAAGUCUCUUUACCCACCGGAUGGUUUUAAACUCGGAGUCACACGCGGGAGUAACGAGGAAGCAUACUUCAAAAAUCACGUCAAAGACUUUUUCAGGAAGAUUUACCACGUUAACUUAAAAAUACAUCUGGUGGAUGGUUUUCAGGCAGGGAUACAGCAGCUUACAAACGACGAGCUGGAUGGACUUGUGGGUGACUACUUGUCUUUGAAGCAAGCUGGAAACAAUGAUGCGAACUGCAGAUACAGCCUCGCUGGGGAAAACUUCUACAACUUUGGCUAUGGUUUUGUUUUCCCAAAAGGUUCACCAUGGAUAGAGGAAGCAACUUUGUCAGUGUUAAAGAACCAAGAGAAUGGCAGUAUUCAAGCUAUUUUAGAUUACUGGUUCAACAAGAAGGAAUGUACCACGAAACCAGUGAAAGAACUUGGUCCCGAGAAAUUUAUUGGGUUAUUUCUGCUUCUUCUCGGUGUAAUUGGGUUCAGUAUAAUUUCUUUGAUAUCUGAGAUGCUCAUCAUAUUUGUGCUGGUUAAAUUCGGACGUCACCUGGGUCCCAUGGGAAAGUCUUUGACGCGCAUGAUCUUUAGUGUGCGCAAGGGAGAAGAAAACGACAUUCAUAUAAAGUGGUUGCAGUUGUACAGGAGACAUAAGAGCAUGCGCCCAAACGAGGUACAAUUCACUGAACCUCAUCACGAUGUUUCGAUUCGAAGAGCGAGCUUUUGUAACCUGAGCUUUGAGUAUGCAAAUGAGAUGUUACCCUUUGAUGAACAGUCGGUGUAUCUUCGUAGAAGUCAGCUAUUGGCAGUGGAAGAUCUAUCCCUUUCGGCUGGUGGGAAUUCCGAAUCAAAUAACAAUACCUCUGAUAGAACAGAGAAUUCGACGCUUUGAGUAUCAAUAGAUGAUGUGGCUUUAGAUUAUACCACCACAAAACUGGCGAAAUCAUUGGGCAAAUAGGCAUCCCUUGUCACUCAGCACUCGUAGGGGUACCGAAGUUAGUAGCACACCAACGAAGGCGAAAAAAUUAAAACUUCAAUAUCUGCUAUGGCCGUAUUGAUAGAUUAUACUAAAACAAAAUUUUAAUUUAAGUCUUAUGACAAGUCAAAAUAUAGCCUGGGAAAUGAGUGACGUGCAGAAAGAGCAUUAAGGCUAUUCUUAUCCUGAUAAUAUAAGGACUACGCCCAACCCAGUGAAGUUAAGAGUUCAAAUGGAUAAGUGAGUAAAAUGUUGUCCAAACGUAGCACAUACGUUUCACUAAUACCUUUCGUUUCAAUUGGGUGCAAUAUUUGUACCUCAACUAAUUAUGUGCGGGUCUCAUAGCAAAUACAUGCGAAGGGAAAAGAGAGAAGAAAAUGAUCAUCAGAAACAAGUUUACGUUGACAUAAACGGCAAGAAUUGAACUUUCAGUUGUGGAGCAAAAACAAAAUUACAUAAAAUUGUCGCAAAUGAGAGAUCUUUCUGUAUCUUUCCCAGGAGAACUCUCUCGGUCUACUUGGAGUAUAGGUGAUUCUACAACCGUACAUAACUCUGUCAUAAAACUUGCAACACACUCAGUAAGAACGUCCUCCCGCCAUGUGGAACAUCACUUUUACUGACAUUUUUGGCCCAGUCAACACAUGUUUCAAGACCAUGACGCCUACCACACCAAUAAAUAAAAUGGUUCCAUUAAAAAAUACGUACCAUAGUAUCUUCGCUUUGAACAAGUGUAGAAAACUGUUUCAUUAUAUGAACUGUUCAGAAGUAAACAUGAUUAAGAUGAAAAGUAGACUUUCAACUUUAUAAUUACAACGUAUGAUUUUAUACAACUUUGUAUUAUACCCAUGUCUUUUUUACAGAAUUGUUCUACAGUUCAAAGAAAUAAAAGGAGAGGAAGUAAAAUACAGCUAUGCUGUCCCGUUUGUCCGUUACGGCCGUCAGGCUCUUUAUUUAACAUGCUUCUAAAAAGUAGCUUGUGCUGUAAAAAUAAACAAACGCACAAAAGCUGAUGGAACGAUUGUUACUAAAACGACUUACC